CUCAGUCCCGCGCCGCGCGCCUGCACCCGCGCAGCUGCUCUGUUCCCCGCCUCCAUCCCGAGCGUGGCCGCCGCUCCUUCCUCGCCGGACAUGUCCUCAGGUGCCACUCCGGCUGCCGUGAAGAUUGGAAUAAUUGGUGGAACAGGCCUGGAUGACCCAGAAAUCUUAGAAGGAAGAACCGAAAAAUAUGUGGAUACUCCAUUUGGCAAGCCUUCUGAUGCCUUAGUUUUGGGGAAGAUAAAGAAUGUUGAUUGCGUCCUCCUUGCAAGGCAUGGGAGGCAACACACCAUCAUGCCUUCGAAAGUCAACUAUCAGGCGAACAUCUGGGCUCUCAAGGAGGAGGGUUGCACACAUGUCAUCGUGACCACAGCUUGCGGUUCCUUGAAGGAAGAGAUUCAGCCUGGCGAUAUCAUCAUUAUUGAUCAGUUCAUUGACAGGACUACCAGGAGGCUUCAGACCUUCUAUGAUGGAAAUCAUUCCUGUGCCAGAGGAGUGUGCCAUAUUCCAAUGGCUGAGCCAUUCUGCCCUAAAACAAGAGAGGUCCUCAUAGAGACUGCUAAGAAGCUAGGACUCCGGUGCCACUCAAAAGGGACAGUGAUCACCAUUGAGGGGCCUCGUUUCAGCUCCCGGGCAGAAAGCAUCAUGUUCCAAACCUGGGGGGCGGAUGUUAUCAACAUGACCACAGUUCCAGAGGUGGUUCUUGCUAAGGAGGCGGGAAUUUGCUACGCAAGUAUCGCCAUGGCGACAGAUUAUGAUUGCUGGAAGGAGCAUGAGGAAGCGGUUUCAGUGGACCGGGUCUUAAAGACCCUGAAAGAAAAUGCCAAUAAAGCCAAAAGCUUACUUCUCACUACCAUACCUCAGAUAGGAUCCAUGGAAUGGUCAGAAACCCUCCAUAACAUGAAGAAAAUGGCCCAGUUUUCUGUUUUGUUACCAAGACAUUAAAAUAGCAUGGCUGCUCAGAAGACCAGGAGACUUUGAAAUUCCAGUCCUUUUGGGAAUUCCUGCUUGAGAAAACAUAGAAAAGAUAUGCAGCUUUCAUCCCCUUGCUGCCCAAGGAAGAAGUGAUAAGACAUUGCACUCAUCAGAAAUGCCUUCUCAAAGACUUGGACUGCUUUGAAUAAUUGAAGGAAAGCAAAUUACACUUCCAGAAAAGAAAAAAAAGACGACACCUUUCACCAUUCCCCUAUUAAAUUUGUAACAAUAAAGGUAGUCAGUAAUAUUCCUAUGCUGCGAAUAAUUGAAGGAAAGCAAAUUACACUUCCAGAAAAGAAAAAAAAGAAGACACCUUUCACCAUUCCCCUAUUAAAUUUGUAACAAUAAAGGUAGUCAGUAAUAUUCCUAUGCUGCCAAGGAAUUUGAAGAAGCAAAGCUCUUAGACUAUUUACUGGUGUGACUGUAAGUUGGUAUAAUCUUUUUGGAGGGCAGUUUGGUAAAAUGUA